AAACCACCAAAAGGUCAAUAAAGAUUCUGGCAAGAAAAAGGAAGAAAAUUAAUAAUUUCGGAUGGCUUCUACAGCUGUGCCUUUCUACUCUUCAACAAUUCCUAAACUUACUUCUAAGCUCAACAACCUCAUCUUCGACCCUCACGUAUCUCUCUCCUUCACCGCCACCAGCAGCAACGAAUUCGGUAACCGUUUCAGUUUACGAUCGACAAACUCCCGAAAACCCCGCCGAAAUCCGACGCCUCCCGCUGCCUCCAUGAUAUUUCCUCAAAAUCCGGUCCUUUCCGACGUUUGCGCCACCGUGAUUUCCGGCUUCGUCGCUCUCUCGGUCCUCCGUGUCUGGCAAGAGACCGCCAAACGCCGCCUCUGUGACCAGAAACUGAAUAGGAAGCUUGUGCAUAUAAGUAUCGGGCUUGUUUUCAUGCUUUGCUGGCCAUUAUUCAGUUCUGGGUAUCGGGGAGCAAUUUUAGCAGCUAUUACUCCUGGUGUCAAUAUUAUACGGAUGCUUCUUAUAGGUUCUGGAUUAUGGAAAGAUGAAGCCACUGUGAAGUCAAUGAGCAGAUAUGGAGACUACAGGGAACUACUUAAAGGACCACUAUAUUAUGCUACAACUAUUACUUUGGCUUGUGCGCUCUACUGGAGGACUUCACCUAUUGCAGUGGCUGCAAUAUGUAACCUUUGUGCUGGAGAUGGUAUUGCGGAUGUCGUGGGAAGGCGAUUUGGUAGACAGAAACUCCCUUACAAUAGUAACAAGUCUAUAGCUGGUAGUGUUGCCAUGGCAACAGCUGGUUUUUUGGCCUCUGUUGGGUUUAUGUACUAUUUUGCCUACUUUGGAUAUAUUCAAGAAAGCUGGGAGAUUGUUUUGGGUUUCUUGGUUGUGUCUCUUGCCUCAGCCUUGGUGGAGUCACUCCCGAUUAGUACCGAGCUUGAUGACAACCUCACAGUUACUUUAACUUCAAUAUUGGUCGGCAGUCUUGUCUUUUGAUUCAGAAGAAACUCUGUAACUUGAACUAUGAGCAUCAAUUUUUUGAGGGGCUAAUUCACUGUAAAAUGUUGUAAUUCCACUGAUGGAAAAUGUUGUAAAAUGUUGCUUGAAAUGUAGCCAAUGAUGAUUUCAAGUCCCAAACCUGGAGAACUCUCAAGAGUUUGGUCUUGGCAUUCUAAUCUGUUCCAGAUGUUCAAUUGCAACAGGUAAGGCUUGAUUCUUAUCCAUUAA